CUUGAUGUGACAACGAACAACCCUUAAAAUCGUCAACUCCCAGUUUUCGGGGGAAUUACGCCCUCAAUUCCCUUCAGACCCCUCUUUGACAAGUAUUAAAGCUAUAUAGAAAGACGGAUUAUUAGAAAUACCAUUGUAACUUAUAGUAUUAGCUCCCAGGUUACUGGAGGUUUACGAAUGAAGAAGCCGAAAUCAUGGCUUCACCCGAGCGAUGUCGAGCUCAGUUUCGAGCGUCAGAAUCGAACAACCAGGCCACCCACGACGAUGCAGAACUUCUACAGUCCUUGAAUAAGCUUUCGCUUUCCACAUCACCUUUUAAUUCCUCAACUACUAGAAGAUUAUCUACCUCGCCAAAUUCCAGUGCGACUUCGCAACCACCCACAACAUCUACAAGAUUGUCUUCUGUUUCUCCAAGCUCACAAAUUAGAACAUCGUCUCGCAGUCCUUUCAAUCGAUCCGCUUCUAACGGGAUUAUUUCCCAGUCUCGUUCAUCAACACCCUCUCUACUUAGAAAAACUUCCAUGAAUUCCUUGCACUCUUCCAACGGCAUUACACCAAGCCGUGCACCCUCUCGUCGCGGCAGCGCCGCCAACCUUUUAUCACCUUCUCUCUCCAAACCCACGAUGGAGGAGAGGCCUACUCCCACUGCUGCUUCGGUAGCAAGUGGAUAUCUCCAGAAAGAAUUGGGGUUGCUCCACGGUAACACCGUGGACCAACGCCCAUCAGAUACCGUGGUAAUUAUCCACGACGCAUGCUACGGCCACAGAUACUCGAGGCCCAUUAGUGCCCGAGGAAAUAUUAACGACAUUGUCGAACGCCCGGAGAGAAUCCAAGCCAGCGUGCUUGGAUUGUCGAUGGCCUACAUACGACUUGGGGAGCGUCAUUGCGACGGAAAAUACCCCAUCCAUCCUCACCUCGACCCUCUAUCUCUCCCCACCGUCCCAUUCCACAUCCGCAAAUCACAGCGGAUUCUUUCUCUUACCUCUUCGACCGUCACCAACGUCCACGGAACCCGCUGGAUGGAGGAGCUAAAGCUAAUGUGUGACACCGCCGAGCAAAACCUCGCCCUCAAGGAAACCGAGGUACGCAGACCCGAGAUGAACCGAGGGGACGACGGUCCUCCACAGGAACUCCACUCGGGAGACCUGUAUCUAUGCUCCGAGUCUCGUAACGCCAUCGAAGGAGCUCUCGGUUCGGUUUGCGAAGCUGUGGACGAGGUUUUCAACGACUCUCCCCACAAACGUGCUUUUGUCGCCGUUCGUCCUCCCGGUCACCACUGUUCCGCCUCAUACCCCUCGGGAUUCUGUUGGGUUAACAAUGUCCAUGUCGGUAUGAUGCACGCCUUCCAGAACCACGGAAUGACCCAUGCCGCGAUCAUCGAUUUUGAUCUGCAUCACGGAGAUGGAUCUCAAUCCAUCGCAUGGGAACAUAACAAACGCAGAGAGGCGCUAAAGGGGAAUGCGGCGAUGUGGAAGAAAACCGCAAUUGGAUACUUCAGUUUGCACGACAUCAAUUCCUUCCCCUGCGAGAGUGGCGAUGAUAAUGUCAUCAAGAACGCGAGCGUCUGUAUCGAGAAUGCAUAUGGCCAAUCUGUCUGGAACGUUCAUCUGCAGGAGUGGAAGACCCUCGAGGAAUUCUGGCAGUUGUAUCGAUCUAGAUACUCUGUCCUGCUCGACAAGAUGCGAGUCUUCUUCCGUACACACGCUGAUCGAUUGCGUGGCUCUUUACAGACAUCUAAAGCCGCCAUCUUUGUCUCUGGUGGAUUUGAUGCAAGCGAGUGGGAGAGUGGCGGUAUGCAACGGCACAAAGUCAACGUCCCGACCGAGUUUUACGCUAGAUUUACCAGGGACCUGGUCAAAUUGGCUUCUGAAGAAGGCCUUGAUAUCGAUGGCCGCAUUAUUAGUGUUCUCGAGGGUGGAUAUAGCGACCGCGCCCUUUACUCAGGCGUCUUCAGUCACCUGAGCGGUUUAGCUGGCAACGAGCCUUUGCCACCGAAGAGCGAAAUUCCUGCCGGACUUAGUUACGAGAUGAGCAGCAUGGUUGGUUCGGUCAGCAGACGCAACACUUUGAACGGGAAUGAACUGAAGCUUAAGGUGCCGGGGUUCCCAUAUGAUCCGACUUGGUGGUCUGCUUCCGAGCUCGAUCGACUGGACGCUGUUAUGACUGAGCAACCUCUCGAGCCGCUACCGAGGAAGCCUCGAAACUUCACACCUGGGAACUUUUCUGCCCCUACGCAGGCAUCCUGUGCAAAGGCCGUUGAUCCAACGAAGGUACGGCGUACUGUUUCGGGAGUUGCUUCUACGCCGGCUGUGAUUAACCGGCCACCGAGCCCGCCGCCUCCUGACGUCCCCUGGAAUGUCGCUGCUCAUGAAUUAAGCAAGCUACUCAUUCCGAAUGACCGUCAGAUCAACAGCCAUAGGCCUGAAGAGCUCAGGACUGCGCCAGCCAGGGGUAGACGCGAGCGCCAAUCCGCUGCGCAAUGCAACCAAGCCAACGAUGAUACGUCCUCGGUUGUAGGUGGCACGAGAAAGUCAUUACGCGAAAGAAAGCCAGUCAGUUACUCCGAGUUGAAUGACCCUACUUCUCGUAGGAAGACAGUUGGAGGGCCAACCGGUCUGGCAACUGAGAAGGCAUUCGCUAGAGGCAUUCCGAGUAAGAAUAUUCCUGGUGCGGCUCAACCGCUCAACGAGGCAAAUCUGCUGGCAGUCAAUGGAACAGGUGGCGGAAUUCCCAGACCUUCAACCUCGCAGAGUGUACGACCCGAGUCAUCGAUGAGUGCACGAAGUCAGGUGCCUGCGUUGAACGUAAAGAAGACCCGACCAGCAGCACCUAAGAAGGAAAGCGCGCGAGCACCGAGGAAGCCUCACACCACAUCUGUCAAGACGGAGGGCGCUUCUCUGCCUUCGAAAGGACCGACCCCGUCUGCCGAAGUGCCACCCCCUCCUCCACCUGUAGAGGAGGAUCAACCGGGUUCUUCUCCUGUAGAAGACAGCUCACCCGAUACUGUGAUCAUUCGUAGGGGAAUUAACAGGAUCCGGUUUAACGUGCUGACUACGGAACAGAGGGAGGCUAAGCGCAGAGCCGAGGCCGAGGUAGCGGAAGCCGAGAGACAGAGGGUGAUGUCGGCAGAACCAGCCGUUUCUGAAAAUGGAAACGGAAAUGGAAAUGUGGCAAGGCUCGCUUCUCGCUUUGGGGCUGCGCAGGACAGUGACAACAGCUCAAAUGGUCGUAGCCGAUCUGGAUCUGCCAUACCCAUGGAAGCUAGUGACGGUGAUUCGCCACAGUUGCCUAAGCCUGCUCGAUCUAAUUCGACGAAGGCGCCUACUACUUUCACGCCCGUUAGGUACAGCCAACCGCCUCUCGCCUCAAGUUCGCCAGUCCAGCCUGCGCCAGGGCCAGCCCGAAACAUGCCGGGCUUCGUCCACUACCAGCCUAACGGCCCACCACCCACCGCUGUCCCGUUAUCACAGCCUGUCCAAAUCCUGGAGCCUAAUACAGAUGUUCCAGCUCAACGAGGCAGGUCCUUGCAGCCGGCUUUUAGCGCAGUAUCGGCGCCGGCGACACCCGCUCGACAUGGCGGGCAUAACUUCACCGCCACGUCAGAAAUCCCGUUUUCACCCCAGCCGGCUCAACAGCCGCGUCCGGCAUCGACUAGUCCCAAGCGCAAGAUUGAGGCGGAAAGCAAUGGAGCGUAGGAAGCUCCUAACAAACGUCGACAAUCACCAGUGAACUUGCGCCGAUCGUCUCGGAACAAGUAGACACUGGUAUACUAUAGUAUACUCAGAUGUUCCAACUAUGGAAGGACUCUGAAGAAUAUUGUGUUUCAUGUGUGAUAGGGACUGGAAGUGGACAGGGAGGGCAGAUUUUGAAGUCCUAUCAUCGAGCGAUCGAAUUUCUUUUAUAAGGGGGGCGGUUUUAGCGAUUCUGUUUAUUAUUAUUACGAUACCCUUUUUUGCUUUUGAGUCGACUUUUGAGUCUGACAUAUUUGUCAAUUUUUUGCAAGUUAAUGGCUGUCUUUGACAUUAUUCAGGCAGGGUAUGGCAUGGUCGAUAGGCUUGGUGGGCACAUACAAUAGCUAAUUAACUAGUACAUACUGGUUUUUCAAGAAUUUUGGUCAUGACUGUUGAUGUAUACUAUUCUAUCGAGUCCAACAACAGUAAACUAUUUCAUACCUUUUUGA